CGACAACAUUCCACCUUCUUAGGUUGGAAUAUUAGAAGAUCCCGGGGGUCUAGAGAGUUCGUUACUAAUUCACCGCGUUCAUAAGGUCUAAAGAACAAUGUUCCGCUGGAGGCCGUGUCUACGCAGCCUGCAACCUCAACGAGCGCUACAUCCACGGGCUCCAUGUCGUACCUACAGACUGGAACCUGGUGGACGACGAAGGCCACAGUACAAGCGCUUUGAGACAACUUCAAACCUCUUCCGCAGAUGGGCCGCGAGACCGACCUUCUACACGGAGAUUGGGCUGGUCAGUGUUGGGGUUGGCGGCUUCUACGUGUAUAACCUAGAGGAAGUCCCAGUUUCUGGACGUCGCAGGUUUAACAUAAUAAGUCCCGCAAUGGAAGAAUCCAUCGCUCAGGGAACACUGGAGGAGAUCAAGCGAGAAUACCAGUCCAAGUUUCUGCCGCGCUGGGACCCGCGAGUGCGCCAAGUGCAGCGGGUAUUAGGCAGGCUUAUACCGUACGCGGAAAAGGCUGGUCUGCAGAACAUCCAGUGGGAAGUCAAUGUAAUCGAAAGCCCAGAGCAGAAUGCCUUUGUCAUCCCAGGAGGCAAAGUCUUCGUAUUCACGGGAAUCCUGCCCUAUUGCAAGAACGAAGACGGUAUUGCUGCUGUUCUUGGUCAUGAAAUUGCGCAUGUCGUUGCCCAUCAUACCGCGGAAAAGAUGAGCCAGGCCCCACUUGUUCUGGCCGGUGCUCUUCUUCUAUGGAGCUACGAUCUGUCCUUCUACACGAGUAGAAUGCUGAUGGAUCUGUUCUUGUCGUUACCUGGGAGCAGGAGACAAGAGGCCGAGGCAGACUACAUUGGGCUAUUAAUGAUGGCCGAAGGAUGCUAUAACCCCGAAGCCGCAAUGGAGUUUUGGAGCCGAAUGGAGAAGUCGGGGCAAGGAUCUCAGCCUCCUCAGUUCAUUUCGACUCAUCCCUCUCACCAGAACCGAGAGGAGAAGAUUAGGGAAUGGCUUCCCAAGGCUCGCGAGAAACAAGAGAACUCUGACUGUGGUGGGCUGAUGAGCUACGCGGACCAGUUCGGAAGGGCUUUUGGCCAACUGCGGUGGGAGUAAUUACUAGUGGACUGGCCCUCCUCAAACCGAUGAUUUAACCCCUGUAAUGAUAGGUCUAUGUAGGAUAUGGAUGUAUGCUCAAGAUGUUAC